UCACUCACUAGAUUUAAUUUUAAUGUUGUUAUUAAGCAAAACCUGAAAUGAAAGUGAAAACAGGAACUGCGCUGUUAUAUUCGGUAGCAGAGCUAUCACUUCAGAUUCAUUUCUAGUGAAAGCACGAGGGGGAAGAAGCAAGGUUCCUCUGACAUUUGCUACAUCUGCUUUGUACGAGGAGCACUUUAAAAGAAAAUGACUUCUAUGUAUAGCAGCCUCCCUGACAGUUAUGUUCCAAACAAAAGGAGAACGACCAGCUGUGUGGUAUUAGCUGUGAUUCUGGGCUGUCUGACCGUCCUGGGGGUCCUGCUCGCCAUCGCUGUGCUGGAAAGACCACCCGCCCCAAAAGAUCACAAGACACUUCCUCACGAAGCAGCUGGUAGUGUUUUAUCUACGGACCAGUGCAGCAUGGCCCUAGUGGAGAGCAUCCCUCAGCACAUGAAGUACAAACCCAAUGUAACGUUUGGCAUCCCUCUGGAAAAAGUGUGGAAAGAUCUUAUCUCCAUGGCAACGGACCAAGUGGACAUAGCCUCUUUCUACUGGACUCUAACGGGGGAAGACAUCAACGUUAACUCUUCCUCUGACGCACCUGGGAGAGACAUCCUGAAAGAACUGGAAGAGUUGCCCUCCAGGAACGUAUCUGUCCGAGUGGUGACCAGUGUUCCCACUGUUAGAACAAACUCCACAGAUUUAGAGAUCUUAAAACAGAGUGGGGUUCAGGUGAGGAAGGUGAACUUUGGGCGCCUGACAGGAGGCGUCCUCCACAGCAAGCUCUGGAUCGUUGACAGAAAACAUGUGUUUAUUGGAAGUGCCAACAUGGACUGGAGGGCCCUGACACAGGUGAAGGAACUGGGAGUGGUGGUCUAUAACUGCUCCAGUCUAGCAAAUGACCUCCAUAAAAUCUUCAAGUCCUACUGGGAGAUGGGACAUUCCCACAGCUCUAUACCACAGCCCUGGCCUGCAGAGUAUGACACUGCCUUCAACAAACAGCACCCCCUACUGGUGAAAAGCGAUAAUAUAUCCAGCAGGCUGUACCUCACUGGCUCUCCACCAUCCUUCUGCCCUCCUUCGAGGACUCAGGACCUGGAGGCUAUUCUGUCCAUCAUCUCAGAGGCCCAACACUAUGUGGAUGUAGCCGUCAUGGAGUAUUUCCCCACCACACGAUUUGAAAGGCCUCAUAGAUACUGGCCUUUCAUUGAUGAUGCCAUCAAAACGGCUGCAUUUGAGAGGAGGGUUAGUAUCCGGAUGCUAAUCAGCUGCGGACGGGACUCUGAUCCAGCCAUGCUGCCAUUCCUCCAGUCUCUGGCAUCGAUGGACAGCCCUCAACACAAUAUCAGCAUCCAAAUAAAACUGUACAUUGUGCCUGUGGGAAACCAGUCUGAUAUUCCGUAUACCCGAGUCAACCACAAUAAAUACAUGGUGACUGAUAAAGGAGCCUAUAUUGGUACCUCCAAUUGGUCAGCAGACUACUUUCUGACCACAGCUGGACUGGGACUGGCGAUUUCCCAGCAUUGUCCUCACGAUGUAUGGAAGACCAAGGCCCUCCAGUGCCAGCUGAAGUCGGUUUUUGCAAGAGACUGGCACUCUGAGUUUGCUGUGCACCUCGCAGACCUAGGCCACCAUCCAGACUGUGCACUUUCAAGAAAAUAACCCCCUUUAUAAAAGUUGCCCAUAAGUAUAUUUCUUUAAUGUGCGCUGAAAGUGAGUUGACGUUUUUGUAAAUAGAGCGCUGACAUUAAUAUGCAAGCUUUAAUGUAACACAAUGUAAUGCAAUGAAAUAGACCUCUAACUAUAAGCUGUCAUUGUUUUGAGCUAUCAUUUGUAUGUUUUGUUUUAACCUGAGUGUUGAAUGUAUGAUUAAUAAACAUAUUGUAUAAUGAUUAA